ACCAAGAGGGAGUGGCUAUGAUGUUCAUCAUCAAUUUUGAAUAUGUGACAGAUGAAGAAAAUGCUGCCUCCCCAGAGAGGGCUAACCCAAUAUUACCAGUCAAAAGUGUAAACCGGAAACUUUUUGGGUUCAAGUUCCCUGGCCUGCGUGUUCUCACUUACAGAAAGCAAUCUUUACCUCAAGAAGACCCCGACGUGGUAGUAAUCGAUUCCUCUAAACAUAGUGAUGAUUCGGUAGCCAUGAAGCACUUUAAGUCUCCUACAAAAGAAAGCUGCAGCCCCUCUGAAGCAGAUGAUACAAAAGCCUUGAUACAGUCCAGCAAAUGUUCUCCCCUGGUGAAUAUAUCUGGACCUCUUGACCAUUCCUCUCCCAAAAGGCAAUGGGACAGACUGUACCCUGACAUGCUGCAGUCAAGUUCCCAGCUGACUCAUUCCAGGUCAAAGGAAAGCCUUUGUAGCAUACGGAGGGCUUCUUCAGUUCAUGACAUUGAAGGAUUCAGCAUCCACCCCAAGAACGUAUUUAGAGACCGACAUGCCAGUGAAGACAAUGGUCGCAAUGUCAAAGGGCCUUUUAAUCAUAUCAAGUCAAGCCUCCUGGGAUCCACAUCGGAUUCAAACCUCAACAAAUACAGCACCAUUAACAAGAUUCCACAGCUCACACUGAAUUUUUCAGAUGUCAAAACUGAAAAAAAGAAUACAUCUCCUCCUUCUUCUGAUAAAACCAUUAUUGCACCCAAGGUUAAAGAUCGAACACACAAUGUGACAGAGAAAGUUACCCAGGUUCUCUCUUUAGGAGCAGAUGUUCUGCCAGAAUAUAAACUGCAGACGCCACGCAUCAACAAGUUUACGAUAUUGCACUACAGUCCUUUCAAGGCAGUCUGGGAUUGGCUUAUUCUGCUUUUGGUUAUAUACACGGCUAUAUUCACCCCUUACUCUGCUGCCUUUCUCCUCAAUGACAGAGAAGAACAGAAAAGACGAGAAUGUGGCUAUUCUUGUAGCCCUUUGAAUGUGGUAGACUUGAUUGUGGACAUUAUGUUUAUCAUAGAUAUUCUAAUAAACUUCAGAACAACAUAUGUAAAUCAGAAUGAAGAAGUGGUAAGUGAUCCGGCCAAAAUAGCAAUACACUACUUCAAAGGCUGGUUCCUGAUUGACAUGGUUGCAGCAAUUCCUUUUGACUUGCUGAUUUUUGGAUCUGGUUCUGAUGAGACAACAACAUUAAUUGGGCUUUUGAAGACAGCUCGGCUCCUUCGUCUAGUGAGAGUGGCCAGGAAACUUGAUCGCUACUCAGAAUAUGGCGCCGCUGUUCUAAUGCUCUUAAUGUGCAUCUUUGCCCUGAUCGCCCACUGGCUGGCUUGCAUUUGGUAUGCAAUUGGGAAUGUAGAAAGGCCCUACCUGACCGACAAAAUCGGAUGGUUGGAUUCUUUAGGACAACAAAUUGGGAAACGUUAUAAUGACAGUGACUCAAGUUCUGGACCAUCCAUCAAAGACAAAUACGUCACAGCCCUUUACUUUACCUUCAGCAGUUUAACCAGUGUAGGAUUUGGGAAUGUAUCUCCUAACACCAAUUCGGAGAAAAUCUUUUCAAUUUGUGUCAUGUUGAUCGGCUCACUAAUGUAUGCAAGCAUUUUUGGGAAUGUAUCUGCAAUUAUCCAAAGACUAUACUCGGGGACUGCCAGGUACCACAUGCAGAUGCUGCGAGUAAAAGAGUUCAUUCGCUUUCACCAAAUCCCCAACCCUCUGAGACAACGACUAGAAGAAUAUUUUCAGCACGCAUGGACUUACACCAAUGGCAUAGACAUGAACAUGGUCCUAAAGGGUUUCCCAGAAUGUUUACAAGCAGACAUUUGCCUACAUCUCAACCAGACGUUACUGCAAAACUGCAAAGCCUUUCGGGGGGCAAGUAAAGGUUGCCUUAGAGCUUUGGCAAUGAAGUUCAAGACCACCCAUGCACCUCCAGGAGACACCCUGGUGCAUUGUGGGGAUGUCCUCACUGCACUUUAUUUCUUAUCCAGAGGCUCCAUCGAAAUCCUUAAAGAUGACAUUGUGGUAGCUAUUUUGGGAAAAAAUGACAUAUUUGGAGAAAUGGUUCAUCUUUACGCCAAACCUGGAAAGUCUAAUGCAGAUGUCAGAGCUCUCACAUACUGUGACUUGCAUAAAAUCCAGAGAGAAGAUCUGUUAGAAGUUUUGGAUAUGUAUCCUGAGUUUUCUGAUCAUUUUCUAACAAACCUGGAGUUGACUUUCAACCUAAGGCAUGAAAGUGCAAAGGCUGAUCUCUUACUACGAUCACAAUCUAUGAAUGAUUCUGAAGGAGACAACUGUAAACUACGAAGAAGGAAAUUAUCAUUUGAUAGUGAAGGAGAGAAAGAUUUUGGCAAAGAAAAUAGCACAAAUGAUCCUGAAGAUUCUGCGGAUACCAUAAGACAUUAUCAGAGUUCCAGAAAACACUUUGAAGAGAAAAAAAGCAGAUCUUCAUCAUUUAUCUCCUCCAUUGAUGAUGAACAAAAGCCUCUCUUCUCAGGAAUAGUAGAUUCUCCACCUGGAAUAGGAAAAGCAACUAGACUCAAUUUUGAAGAAACAGUGCCCACCUCAGGAAGAAUUCACAUAGAUAAAAGAAGUCAGUCUUGCAAAGACAUCGCUGACACCAGGAGCUGGGAAAGAGAAAAUGCCCAGACUCAGGCUGAGGAGUCCAGCCCAUCAGCACUUCAGAGAGCUGCCUGGGGGAUCUCUGAAACAGAAAGUGACCUCACAUAUGGUGAAGUGGAGCAAAGAUUAGAUUUGCUUCAAGAGCAACUUAACAGACUGGAAUCCCAAAUGACUGCUGACAUCCAGACCAUCCUACAGUUGCUGCAGAAACAAACCACUGUGGUGCCCCCAGCCUACAGCAUGGUGACGGCAGGAGUGGAGUACCAGAGACCCGUCAUCCGCCUGAUGAGAACCAGUCAUCCUGUAGCUUCCAUCAAGACUGAUCGAAGCUUCAGUCCUUCCUCACAAUGUCCUGAAUUUCUAGACCUUGAAAAAUCUAAACUUAAGUCCAAAGAAUCCCUCUCAAGUGGGGUGCAUCUGAACACAGCUUCGGAAAACAACUUGACUUCACUUUUAAAACAAGACAGUGAUCUCUCUUUAGAGCUUCACCCUCGGCAAAAAAAAACUUACCUUCAUCCAAUUAGGCAUCCUUCUUUGACGGAGUCCUCCCUAAGCACUGUAGGAAUCUUGGGUCUUCAUAGGCAUGUUUCUGAUCCUGGUCUUCCCGGGAAAUAAUCAUUUUGUACUAUUCACUCCACAUACAAUGUAAGUGCUUUUAAUGGCUGUUUUCCUUUUUCUAUUUAAAUCCUCUCUACUUGACUC